GUGAUUAAGGAAUGUACGUGGAAAAGAAACAAGAAUCAAAGAUGGAGGAAGAAUUGACGAAGGAGGAAGGAAUAUGGACGAAGUUGUGGAAGUUUCGACCGAUCUUUUACGCCGUGAUAACUCGAGUAAUGUUCUUUAUUCACGGAUUCAUGUCUGUAUGGCUUCUUGCUCACUGUUUCAAGAACCCCAUGUACUGGGUAACCAUUGCUGGCGUUGUGCUGUUGUUUUUCGAGAUGAUGUAUACGCUUCUCGCUCGAAAAGGACAAGAAUAUAAAUAGUAAGUAACAUUGUGUUAUCAUUUUUUUUUCUUGUACAUGCCUACAGUCUGAAGUCUGCAUGGAAGAAUAAUGGCGGCUGACGGUGUUAUUAACAGUCGUCUGCAAUAAAUUGACAUGACAUGCUUUGCUUGCAUGCUUUGGCAACCUGAACAGUGUUCCCCUGUACCCUCCUUUAGAUAGUCCCCUACUAAAAUAAAUGUUGUCUCGGGAUUCCUACACGAGAAAUUAUAUGUUGAUAUUUGUGUAGAAAUUAUAGUUAAGUGGCCUCAAAAAAGUUCUAUGGGUAGUUAAUAGUCCCUUCUGAUGUAAUGCAUGUAGUUUGUUAUAUCAAUGUCACUUUGAUUGUUCUUUUUUUUCCAGUUUCUGGCCCAGCUGUUUUUUCUACAUGUCCACAAUGAUUCCAAUUAUCUGGGUUGCAGAAAUAGAAUUUCUAAAUGAACGUAUUCAAGCAACCAAUGAAGCAAAUGACACAUCCUCAACUCCCAAGAGUCCUAUCCCUGGGGUAGGUAGUUUUCAUAAUAAACUCUUGAACAUUAAGUUAUUGCUUCAUUGCUUAAUAAGCAGUGGGAGGUGCGCUGGCCCGGGGGAUCGCUCCAGAGGUCAGGGUUCAGGGUUUUUCUGGUCUCCAAAAAAUUUUUUCAGUCCUUCUGGCCUCACUUUAGUCUAAAAAUAAGGGGAGGGGGGCAGGUGCCCAGCCCCCCCUGGGUCUGCUACUGGUCAGGGUUAUAAUGUCGUGUUCUUGGGCAAGAUACUUUAGGCCCGUUUCAAGCAUUGUGCUACUGCUGUGCCGAACUCAAUUGAUCGAAUUGAAUUCAACUUUAGUACGGCAGUAGCACGACGUUUGAAACCAAAUCGUGCUACUACCGUGUAGCACGGCAAGCCUUUCCGUGCUACACGGCAGUAGCUUGACUUGGUUUCAAACGUCGGCUACCGCCAUGCCAAACUCAAUUCAUAAAUUAUAAAUACAUUAGAAUAUAUUUAAAAGUUUGCUAAACCAUUUCUUUAUUUUUGUGUUUUGUUUUUGGCAACAGCUGUUCCAUUCGACUGUCAUUGUGUGAAUUAAAUUCGACAUCUGAAACCAAGUCGUGCUAGUGUUGUGCUGCAGUCGAGCUCCAGUCGAGACAGCUUAGCACGGCAGUAGCAUGACAACAGGAACAGAAACAGGCCUUACAGCUGUACCCAGUUAUGUAAAAGCUGCAAUUUAAUGCUGGUUGUAACAAUAGCCUUGUUCUUUCAGAUAGUCGUUGGAACGUAUUCUAAAGCGAAAAUAAGACCAGUUAUGUAAAAGGGAACCUGCAAAUUUAAUGCUGGCAGUAACCCUGCAAUGGUCUGUUAUCCUGUCCAAGGCAGGAAUAUAAUAUUAAUAUUCUUAGUCCCUUAGAACUACAGAAACUGGGUUAAACUCUGACCUGAUGAGGCACUUGGCUGGUAUGCAGACUUUUUGCCUACUUUCACCUCAAUUAACACUAAUAGCCAAGAUAAAGGCCGGGGGGUCAGCUGCUUUUUCCCCUCAACAGACAUAAAUGAAGAAAGAUUCUUCAAAUUUUGCUGAUCAUCAAGUGUUGUCAUCUCUCUUUGUGCCAGGUUUUCAAUACAGUUGCUAUAUCUACUCAAACCAGCUGCCUACUGUACUUUAUUAUUUUUUUUCCAACCUGUUUUGAAGUGUCUUGUUUUUGGAAAUAACUUUUUUCUUUUUUUAAAUUUACUUUCAGUGUUUUGGAAAUAUAAGCACACAGACUUUGGCCAGACAGGUGUGCGAGUUGGGUUUGAUUAUUGGUAUGAUCAUAGGCCGAUGGCUGUUACCCAGAGGAGAGAUAACCCGUGACCAGCUGUCUGCACUUUUGUUGGGCUAUGUUGGUACAGCAGCCGACACCUUAGAGCUAUUUGAAGUUCUAGAUGAACAAGCUGUCAGCACAGAUCAGCAAGUAACACAUGCUGUAUUAGGUGUGUAUACCUGGAGCUUGCUGCAGUUCUGUCUUGUCACAACAGCUACCACUGGAAAAAACAACCAAAUACGCAUCACAAACAACAAGGUGGGUAUAAUACUUUUGUUAGCUUUAGUUAAAUCCAAAUGUGGUGUUGCAAAUAGUGAAAGUAAAAAAUAAACAUGAAAAAUGUUAGAAUUUUGAUAGAGAAAGAUUGGUUUAGGCUUAGGGACUCUUUUCCAGGAAAGAUCUAGAUCUCUGUGCAUUCAUGUUUGACGCCUCUCGACCAUAUUUAAAUGGCAUUUAAUGGUGCCAGGAUUUUUUGCAAAAAUGCUUCAAACAUGAUGUUUUUUCUUGUGAUGCAUGUAUUUGCAAACAUGGUGCAGCAGUCAAGGAGUCAAACUGGAAAGCAGGGGACCCAGGAUCAAGAAAUUUGACCUGCUACAGCUCUCUUCCGUCAUAAAUAAUCUUUUUGUUACCAAAUGAUCGGACGUAUAACUCAAAAUGUUACUGCAAAGAGGGAAGGUAUAAUGUUAAGGGCAUUAUUUUUUUCCUUCCAGGUGAACCCUGAUGAUGUAAUAAAUCGUAAGAUUAGUUUGCAUAAGUAUGGGAAACAAGAAGACCUCAAAGAGAGAUACAUUCAGAGAUUACAAAUGAAAAGGAGACAGACAGAGAUGAAUAUGAUGCGUGGAAAAGGGUUUAAAGGAGUUAAAGAGAGGAAGAUCAACCCAAUUACUACUGCUCGUGGGGAGGUGAAGGAGAUUUCUCGUCGAGAAAUGUUGCUUCAUGGAGAUAUAUUUGGAAUCCUGACUGGUAUCUUUAUGCAGGAUGGGCCAUUUCUCAUUCUACGACUACUGCUUAUCAUAAAGUACCAAGUGUACAGUGAGAUGCACAUUUUCUUUACUUGUAAGAAUGCCAUUGCUUUAAGCCUCCUUGUAUAUAGACUGUGUAUUCUCACAUGCAGUGGUGAAGAUGAGGAAGAUGUAGAGCACCAGCAGCAGGAGUCAAGAUUGCAGAAUGUUCAACAAGCUGUGUUAAGUGAGAACUUCCAAAAGGCUGGUGCAAUUCAGCUAGCAGGAUAGAUAAAUAGUUAACUUCCAUUGACUUUAUAUGCUACUGACUCCUGAAUUUACAUCAAAUCCUGACAUUUUUCCAGAGCUGCUAGAGGUUGAUGUCCUCAGUGCUAGGUAUUUUUAGGCAAGGUUAAAAAUGUCUCUUUUCAAAGUGAUCUCACUUAAAAAUUUUUCAAGUUAACUGCAGUGGCCAUUUAGAGAGACGUCUUAAGUGCUUGAGGGUACAUGUAUUAGUUACAUGAGUACUGACUUGUUUGGUGGAAAACAGAACAGGAAAAUGUCAAACUAACCCUAAUCCAAAUCUCCAGUUAAUUUUUCCAACCUCCUCCCUCCCACCAACUUCAAAAUCUUAGUGACAGUCCAGCCAGUAAAUUGAAUAGUAAUUCUCAUCAUAUUUCAGCCAUGAUUCAAUCAAAUACUAAAUCUGCAUACACUUCUAUAAGAUUUCUCAAAUCUAGUUACAACUGUCAUUUUAAACUCCUACUUUUAUUAAAUAACUUGUCUUUUUGUUGUCACAGUGCAGUGUAGUGACUGAUGUACAUAUAUAACAUGUUAAAACCAAAAAAAAGGAGAUUACAAACCUGUAUUUUAAAGUGACACCCCUCUGGUUACAACAUGCACAAAUAUUAAUAAAUUACAUGUGAUUAUUACUACAUGUUGAACUAUGCGGAUGAAAUUUUUCUAUGGACGCUCUGUAAACAUCUUGUCAUCAAUGUCAAAAACACAUUAUUUCAUUUACAGAACACAACCCUUGAUUACAAAAUUGCAAAGAACAGGAUUGUCAAAAAUUCAAGAAUGUAUCACACUGCCAUGUUACAAAUUAACUUUGUAGGUACUUAACUUGUAAGACUUUAUUUACACACAAUAUCACCUUGGUCAUAUAAAAUAAACUCACUUGC